CCGGGCAGGCGGCAGGGCAGCGGCCGGGCAUGAAGCCGGGCGGCGGCCAAAGCGUGGGUGCUGGUGGCGGCGAUGAGCGACAUAGUGGAGAAGACGCUGACGGCGCUGCCCGGACUCUUCCUGCAGAACCAGGGGGGUGGCGGGCCUGCGGCCGCCAGGGCAUCCUUCUCCUCGCGCCUGGGUGGCCUCAUCCGCGGCAUCACCGCGCUCACGUCCAAGCACGAGGAAGAGAAAUUAAUCCAGCAAGAGCUGAGUAAUCUGAAGGCGACCGUCUCUGCUCCCACAACUACACUGAAAAUGAUGAAGGAAUGUAUGGUGAGACUUAUAUAUUGUGAAAUGCUUGGAUAUGAUGCUUCCUUUGGCUACAUACAUGCAAUCAAGUUGGCACAACAAGGAAACCUUUUAGAGAAAAGAGUAGGUUACUUGGCAGUUUCUUUAUUUCUACAUGAAAGUCAUGAACUGUUGCUUCUCCUUGUGAAUACAGUUGUAAAGGACUUGCAGAGCACUAACCUGGUAGAAGUAUGUAUGGCACUUACUAUUGUAAGCCAGAUUUUCCCUCGAGAAAUGAUUCCAGCUGUUCUUCCAUUAAUAGAAGAUAAACUUCAACAUUCUAAGGAGAUAAUACGAAGAAAAGCUGUUCUGGCUUUAUACAAAUUCCAUCUGAUUGCUCCUAAUCAAGUACAACACAUCCACAUCAAGUUUCGGAAGGCGCUUUGUGACAGAGACGUUGGGGUCAUGGCUGCUUCCCUGCACAUAUACCAUAGGAUGAUUAAGGAGAAUUCAUCUGGAUAUAAAGACUUGACUGGGAGUUUUGUAACAAUUUUGAAGCAAGUGGUUGGAGGAAAGCUCCCAGUAGAUUUCAAUUACCACAGCGUCCCAGCUCCCUGGUUACAAAUUCAGCUCCUGAGAAUUCUAGGACUUCUAGGGAAAGAUGAUCAAAGGACAAGUGAAUUAAUGUAUGAUGUUCUUGAUGAAUCCUUACGAAGAGCCGAGUUAAAUCACAAUGUCACAUAUGCUAUUCUGUUUGAAUGUGUACAUACAGUCUAUUCCAUUUAUCCCAAAUCAGAAUUACUUGAGAAGGCUGCCAAGUGCAUUGGAAAAUUUGUCCUAUCACCUAAAAUAAAUCUCAAAUACUUAGGACUGAAGGCUCUUACCUAUGUUAUCCAGCAGGAUCCCACUCUGGCGCUUCAGCACCAGAUGACAAUAAUUGAAUGUUUAGACCAUUCUGAUCCCAUUAUUAAAAGAGAGACUCUGGAACUUCUUUACAGAAUUACUAAUGCACAGAAUGUAAUAGUGAUUGUACAGAAAAUGCUUGAAUAUUUACAUCAGAGCAAAGAAGAGUAUAUUAUCAUCAAUUUGGUUGGCAAAAUAGCUGAGCUGGCUGAGAAAUAUGCUCCUGAUAAUGCGUGGUUUAUUCAGACAAUGAAUGCUGUGUUUUCAGUGGGAGGAGAUGUAAUGCAUCCUGAUAUUCCCAAUAACUUCCUGAGACUGCUAGCGGAAGGUUUUGAUGAUGAAGCAGAAGAUCAGCAAUUAAGACUUUAUGCAGUUCAGUCUUAUCUCACUUUACUAGAUGAGGAAAAUGUGUUCUAUCCACAGAGAUUUCUUCAAGUUAUGAGUUGGGUAUUAGGGGAGUAUUCCUACCUCUCAGAUAAGGAAACACCAGAGGAAGUUAUAACCAAGCUGUACAAGUUACUUAUGAAUGACUCCAUUUCUUCAGAAACAAAAGCCUGGUUAUUUGCUGCUGUGACCAAGUUGACGCCUCAAGCACAUUCAUCUAACAUUGUUGAGAGAUUAAUCCAGGAAUUUACUGUGUCUUUGGAUACUUGCUUGAGACAGCAUGCAUUUGAAUUAAAGCAUUUGCACGAGAAUGUGGAAUUUAUGAAGAGCUUGCUUCCAGUUAAUAAAAGUUGUGAAGACAUGGUGGUAGAUGCUUCCUUAUCUUUUCUGGAUGGUUUUGUGGCUGAAGAACUCAGUCAGGGGGCAGCACCUUACAAACCUCACCACCAACGGCAGGAGGAAAAGCUUUCUCAGGAGAAAGUUCUCAAUUUUGAACCAUAUGGACUCUCCUUUUCUUCAUCUGGCUUUACUGGACGACAGUCUCCUGCUGGCAUUUCUCUGGGUUCAGAUAUAUCUGGAAAUAGCGCUGAGACAGGGCUGAAAGAGACAAAUAGCUUGAAGCUGGAAGGUAUAAAGAAAUUGUGGGGGAAAGAAGGCUAUCUUCCCAAGAAGGAGAGCAAAACUAGUGAUGAAACUGAAGUUCUGCCUGUUCCUCAAGAGAGUAUAAUAAUGGAGAAUGUAGAUCAAACUAUAACCAAAAAGGACCAGUCUCAAGUCCUUACCCAGUCGAAAGAGGAGAAAGAAAAGCAGCUGCUGGCAUCGUCAUUAUUUGUUGGGCUAGGAUCAGAAAGUACAGUCAAUUUGCUAGGAAAAGCAGAUACCAUCUCUCACAAGUUCAGAAGGAAAUCAAAAGUUAAGGAAACCAAAAGUGGAGAAACAACCAGUGUUCAUAAUAUGACCUGUUCUUCCUUUAGUUCUUCAUCAAAUGUGACUUAUGAAGAAGAUUAUUAUUUGGAUAAUUUGCAGGAUACAGAAGAUAAAGAACUAAAGAAAUUUACCCUUAGUUCAGAACUUUUGGAUUCUGAAUCACUCACAGAACUGCCUUUGGUUGAGAAACUCUCAAAUUGCAGGCUGUCUACACCUUCUUUGUUUGCUGACAACAACAUGGAAGUUUUUCACCCUCCUCAAUCCACUGCAGCCUCAGUUGCCAAUGAAAUCUCCCUAGCUUCUUUGUUGGAAGAAACUACUGAACACACACAUUCAGAUCUUAUGGAGGUCUGUAAUAAUGAGACCAUAUCAGUGUCUUCUUACAAAAUUUGGAAAGAUGAUUGUUUAUUGAUGGCGUGGUUAGUUUCCAAUAAGAGUGGUGCAGAAUUGAAAAGUACUAACUUAGAAAUUGCUCCUGCAAAAAAUUUCAAGAUCACUGAGCAAUCUGAGUGCUGCUUGCCUGUCGUAGAAGCAGAGAACACCAAAAACUUCCAAUAUAGUGUGCAGAUGGAAGAACCUUUUACAGAAGGGAAUCUUUCUGGUUCUGUAAAUUAUCAAAUGAUGGAUACUCACGUUGUUCAGCUCGACUUUUCAGUAAAUUUAUCACUGUUAGAUUUCAUUAGACCAUUAAAAAUAUCUACUGAAGACUUUGGCAAACUCUGGUUAUCCUUUGCCAAUGAUGUGAAGCAAAAUGUGAAAAUAUCAGCAUCUCAAGCUGCCCUGCCUGCUGCCCUAAAGACACUGCAGCAGAACCUGAGACUUCACGUUGUUGACAUCAUAGGCAAUGAAGGGCUGUUGGCCUGUCAGCUGCUCCCAUCCAUCCCCUGUUUGCUGCAUUUCCGAGUUCAUGGUGACGUAUUGGCCCUGUGGUUCAGAUCCUCCUGCUCUAGUCUUCCUGACUAUUUACUGUAUCAGUGUCAAAAGGUGAUGGAGGGAUCCUAGCAGAAGCUCUUACUCCAUCAAAAUAAAUGGUUUACAUAGAUAAACUUAUUUACCAAAGUAAAAAGAACUCAUGGUACUUCUAAUGAAAAUGGGGAUAAUUAUGAGUUGUGGUUUUAUGUGUUAUCUUUAUGAUUCUUGAUCAAGGUCCCCGAGAAACUGUAUCCCUAACCUUUUACUCAGGAUUGUACAGUAUGCUUGGGUCCCAAAGAGUGACCCAAGCUAAUGUUAUAAACUGCUAAUGAUUUAUAUAUCACUUAGUGUAGAGAGACUGAAAAUAUUUAUUUUGUUAUAAGUAAUUUUAUAGCAAAUAUACUGUAGUGCUAGCUGAUUUGUAGUAAAGCCAAGUCUGAGUUCUCUGUAUUAAUGGAGGGGAGACAUGGAAUUGAUAACCCCAGACCUAAUUCGUAUUUGGCUUUGGAAUGCAGUGUAUGCUUUUUGGUAGGCAAGUCAUUACUUUUAAUUAUGUUGUGCUUAGAUCAGUGUUGAACUAAGUUGACACUGCGCACGCUUAGUUCCAGAGAUCCAUGAGCAUGCUGGAUUUUGGGGGAUCCAAUCUGUAAUACAGUUUUUAUUAUAAAUAACUUGUUAUACAUAAUUGCAGAUAAUUUGGCUACAAAAUUUGUUUUCCAUUAGCAUUUAUUUUUAAAAUGAAAAGUGAAUCACUGUAUUCUUAAGUUAAAAACUGAAAGUCAUUUACAAAAUAAUAUCACAUAGAUACAAAACCCACAAGAACACACAGUACUAAAGCAAUCAUAUAAAAGGACUUUUUAGUUAUGGCAAAUAUGUCAAUCAGUUACCACUUUGGUUCUUUUAGCAAGUUAAAAUUUGUGAUUAUAGUAUAAAUGGCAAAACAAUUUUUCCUGGCCUUUAAAUCCACUAGUACUCAGAGGAUGCAACCAAAACAAUGAGUCAGUAUACCAUACAGGCUCUUCAAUAAAACAUAUCAUUCUCAUAUUAUAGUUGUGCCUACGUGCCUCUGUCAGAACUAUUAUCGGCCUAAUGUGAAUGAUGGACCCGAAUCUUGGAUUGUACAUUAAUGUUAAAAACUGAAAUUGUGUUUUAUAAAACCUUAUGGUGCUGUGGAAACAUUGACUAUUUUACUUUUUAUGACACUUCACCAUGGAGAUUAUUCAGAUAAUAUAGAUUUAAGUCAUUGCGCUUAAUACUCUGGUUAAUUGAUACUGUUUAUCACCCAGGUGUGGAAUUCUGGCUUUAGGUUAUCUCAGGAAUCAUACCGGAUGUGAAACAUGCUAAGGGGAUUCCCGAGAGCUGAUAGAUUUCAUUAGUCAUUUCUGUUUAGUGUAUUCCUUCCUAAAAAGCAGAAUUCUUUUUUAAAAUUGAUUUUUAAGUUACUCAUUUUAAAAAUGUACCUUGUUAUUUUCAUGCUUUUAAAAACACAGUAAAACCUUGUUGUAAAAGCAAUGAAAAGUGACUGGAAUUUCCUGUGUAGGUCUCCCCUUUUAAAUAGAAGGUGAGAUUCAUCUUCAAGCUCCCCACAGGGGCAGGGUAAAGGGAAUGUGCUGUCUCUGCAGGUGUGGUGGACACUCACUGGUGGCAAGACUCAUCAGCUUCCUCUUUAUUCCUACCUCUGUCAGCAGCACCCCCACCCGCUUCUGCUGUUACUCUGACAAAGAGAUAGGAAGUGCCCUCUCACUUUGCAGCGUGUAGCAGAAGAGGUGCCCCCAAUUUUUUGUCCCUACUUCCAUGUGUUUGCAUGGUUACUGAGACUGGGUUGGGUGUAGAGCAGUGGAUAUAAGGAGCCCAGCAAGCUUUGGACAGCUUAUCUGGGAGAGAUUACACUGAGCUGCUGCUUUGUUACCAGGGCAUUCAGGAGUGGCUGCAGCAGUUGUCAUGAGAGAUAUGCUUGACCUGUAGGGUUGUCAAAUGGCGGGAGAUGUGUAAUGGUAGGUUUGGGCUAGGAACAUGAUUUUGGGUCUUCCAGAGGGAACAUGGUAUCACCUCUGUUCUUUCUGAAGCCACAAAAAGUAGGGUUACAGAAUUUCUACUGAAAUGUUCAGUAGAAUGUUUACAAUUUUUUAUAUUUUUAUGGUUUUAAAAACAACAGUAGGAAAGAAUUUCACAGCAGUAUAUAUUUUGCCUAAACUAAUGAACAUUUUAAGUUCUAAAUCAGACAUCACCAACUUCUUUUGCAUCGUAGGAGACUUGACUAUAAACUAGGCAGAUGGUUACUGUUGGUAGGUCACCUUCUUACAUUAUAGUCAAAACUUUGUCAAGUGAAGGGACAUCAUCGGGAAUAAAAGCCGGGGGGUGGGGUUACUCAGCUUUGCGAGUUCUAUGCCAGGCAUCUUUGCUGAGAACUCAGGUGGCAGCAAGUGUGAAUCUGGAGAGAAUAAAGGGAAGAGAGCAAAGUCUGAAGAGCAGAUGGAAGCAGAACAAUCAGGCUCCCACCAGAGUAGUCCCUGUGGAGGCAGGCUCAGGGGAAAGUGGGCCCAAGUAAGGGUCCUUCUAAAGCGCUGGAGAUGGAAGCUCAGCAGUUACCAAGUGCUAUAUGCCAACCAUGCCAGCCACAGCAAAGGCUCUGCAGAGGAGCAUUAUUUUAAACAAUAUUCUUCUGUCAUCUGUCAAAACAGUUGUGGUAAAAAUGCAGUAUUUUAUUUUUUCUUUAUUUCAUGUCAAUAAUAUUUUUAAGUAUUGAGCUAUUUGUCUUAAUUUUUAUGGAUAAAUGUCUUUGUCUCAAAAUUGUGAGCCACUAAAAGUGCACUGAACCUAUUCACAUGUCUUUAAGGUGUUUUGCUGUGUUAAAAUUUUAGGAGGGGAAAAUGCAAAUUAAUAACAACAAGCAUUAAUUAUUUUGAAGUUGAAUUCUGUAAUUUGAAGUAAUUCAGUUAAAUAUGUAAUAAAUGCAAAGUGAUCUAUA